AUGGCGUUGAAGAACUUCUUGCAACACAACACUAUCGGAGUAGUAAUCUUUGGAAGGCACUCGGUAGAAGCCAACGAUGUCCCUCCACUGCCGUUCGUCGUAACGUCUGGCCAUGCAUCCAUCGCCGUGGUUAUUCCCGAGAUAAAUCAAGACAUCCUGACGGAAUACAAAGUCAAGACUGUGCCGACAUUUUGGAUAUUUCAAAACGGCAAGCAUAUUCUUGAGGUUUCUGGGGACAAUCUAAGCAGCCUAUUCAAGACUCUCGAAGUUUAUAGUGAAUAUGGUCGACUAAUAGUGUGA